UCAGAAAACUGUAUUAAGUUCAUUUCUAGCCUUCCACAACCUCUUCGUCGGUGCCGCAACCACAACGUUCUUUAUCACAAAGACAAUCAUCACAGUUAAAUAUUGCUCAAGAACAACCACUACCAGUCUCCGUACCAGUAAAGAUUCCGCAAACAAAUAUUAAAUCUCAAUCACAACAGCAACAAAAUAAACCUCAACAACAACAAUCAAAUCCAUCUGAUAUUCAACAACAAACAUACUCAAAGCUCCAAAAAGAAGAAAUAAGACCGUUGAUGGCGCCGAGGGAACAACGACAAUCAGUAGCUAACCGACAAAAUAAUUCUUCUGCGCAAUCAAAAAAUCCGGUCACGCCUACUGUUGCAGCAUCAUCAUCAUAUAAAACAUCUACACAACAUUCUAGUGUAACACAACUAUCAUCAGUGUCAGCUUCUGCCCAUCAGCAAACAGACUCAACAAAAAAUUCUAACAGUCAAAAAUCCCAACAGGUCCUACCGUCUUAUGCUGAUAUUUUAAAGAAGACUUCUGCAGAAGAUCUAAACACAGGCAAUCAUCAUCAACAACAACAUCCAUCAUCUUCCGCUGCAACUACACCGCCAACGUCAUCAGUAUCAAACGGCACAACCGUAAAUCAACCGUUAAAACCCACUUCGUCUAACACGCCUACAACUACUUCUCCUCGAGCAGAGUCACCUCUAACAAAGACAGAUCAAUCGAGGCAGAGUCCAGUAGCUAAUGUUGAUCAAUUAACGCUAACAGCAACAGUCAGUCCAACACCAAUGCCUCUGAUGUCCACAGAAGUUAAUCAGAAUGGUCCAUCUAAUGUGGCACAUCUUAGAGCGGUAGAAAACGAUGCCAGACGUCAUAAUUCUGUCUCUGAUCAUCAACAACAACAGCAAAUGUUAAAUAAUAAUCUUUCACAUCGUGGUGAAAAUCGUCGCGGACAAUCUCAUAAUAAAACGCCUAAUUAUGAUCCGAAUAAUUCUCGUAAUAAUCGUCCAAUGAGAAACCGUGAUGGUCGAGGAAUGUUUCGAGGUGCAAGAGGUGGACGGGGUGUUGGAGGUGGUUACAGAGGACGUCGAAGUGAUGAUUUUAUGAACCAACGUUCUAAUGCUAAUGAUCGUCAUUUACGUCGUGGUGGUGGCUUUAACGGUGUAUCGACUAUGGAUUCGUCACGUCAAUUUAGCGAAUAA